AUGAGUCGCCUCUAUGGAAGGAUACUGAGGAACUUAAUUGAAGAGGAAUACUCCAGCUACGAAGAAGAAGAGCAUAAUGGUUUCAGAGGCGGAAGAUCAUGUACAGAUAAUAUCUUUGCAUUGGAACAGAUCAUCGAGAAGAAAUCUGCAAUGAACCAGGAAGUUCAUGUGUAUCGGAAAAACACCCAUACCGAUCGCUACCUGCACAAUAAUUCGAAUCACCAUCCCGGUCAAAAAAGAGGGGUCAUAAAAACACUUGUUGACAGAGCCCGCCGUAUCUGUGAACCUCUACACAUCACUGAGGAAUUACAAUACCUAGACAGAGCCUUACAAGCCAAUGGAUACCGAGAGCAGACGAUCAGACGAGCCGUAAGACCUAGGAAACCUGUUGAAAGGCAAGAGGGAGAAAAUACACCUCCCAGUGGGAUGGCAUUUCUUCCAUACAUCAGAGGGGUCACUGACCGCAUUGGAAAAUUAUUAAGAAAGAGGAACAUAAAACCGAUCCUCCAACCCACUCGAAAGAUACAAGAACAUCUCCGCUCGGCUAAAGACCCACGAGAUCCACUCUCCUCCGCUGGGGUCUAUAGAAUUCCGUGUUCUUGUGGCUCAGUAUAUGUUGGUACUACGAAACGUAGUAUUAAUACACGUUUGACUGAGCACAAAAGAUCUUGCCGUCUCGGACAAACAGAGAAAUCAGCCCUGGCCGAACACACAAUAACACAGGUGGAUCAUCAAAUUUCAAGUUCAAUAAUACGGAAGUCCUUUCAACAGGGAAUCACUACUUUGCAAGACUACAUCGUGAAACGACUGAAAUCCACAAACAUCAAAACAAUCUUCAACAGAAAAGAAGAAGGGCUUCACGUUAACAAAAUAUGGUACAAGCUGCUCGAUAAUACAGAAAUAAACGUCUCUUCAACAAAAUAUGGCAAGCUGCCUGGAUAA